UUUCCAUGGUUACGACGUGUGCGAAAACAAAUUAUUCGUUGCGCACCCCGUGCGAUAAUUAUGUCCACCACGAAGCGGCAGGAAUCGUCUACGGAGAAAGAUAACACCAACAAUGAAACUGAAUUUGCUUUGCAGGUCGAGUUGUCCAUAGAGACAGACCGAAUACUGAAAGUGUUGGAUCGCACUAUAGAAAAACUGGAAUUGGUUAUGUGUCUACCUUUCUUUCUGGAAGAUAAUGGAGAUCUCCUUAAGAAUUUCUUGCCUGCUGAUGAAAUUUUAAAGGUGAUAUGUGCAUUUGAUCCUUAUACACAGUACAAGGAGAGUUCAUAUGAUGAUGCUCCUGAGUGUAUUGCAUGUGAGCUGAGAAAGGGUAUGUUCACUAUUAGAAAUAAUAUUCUGAAACAUAGAGAUGCAGGUGAAGAAGAAUCAUCUGAUGAUGAAGAUGAAAUUUCAAAAAAGGUACCUAAGCAAUGCAUUUUACCUGUGAGUGAAGGAAGAACAGAUGCAGAUGUAUGCAGAGCUCUACAGUUCUUGUACAUCAAACCGAGAGUAAGGAAGUUUUUGACACAGCAUUUGAUACAGAAGAUUUCUGAAGCUGGAAGCAUAUUCAUAGAAUAUAUGAGACAUCUGCGUCAAUGCAUUGCAAAAAGACUUGCUGUAUCUCCCUGUCAAGAAUUAGCAGAUGAACAGAAUUUACGUCUUACAUGGAUCCGAAAUGCCAAAACUAAAGCAGUUAAGUCAGUAUUACUGGAUAAACUUGAGAUUCAGAGGAAUGAAGGUAAUGCACAGCUUGCUCAGAGGGAUGUUGCAAUUAAAAAAAAUGAGGAACUGAUUGAAAAGAUGAAGAAAUGUAGCAAAGAUGAUAUCAAGAAAAGAAUAAAUGAAUCAGAAAAAAAUAUGAUUAAUGACUGGAGAGAUAGUGAAAGUAGGCAAGAGAUACUUCAGACACAACUGAUUGAAAAUGAAGCAAGAUUUGAACAAUUGCUCUCGGAACAUCUGCGCAGUGAGAAGAGCUUAAAAGCAAAGAAAAUCAAGAUUGAAUCACAGCUACUUACGGUGCUAAGCAAAUAUGAUGCUGACAUAGGUGAUCUGCAGAAUGAAUUGGAUGAACUUAUGGAGGGCUUCAAUGAAGAGAAACGACAGAUGAGAGAGCUACAGGAACGAUUUGAUAUACAGGAAGUGGAAUAUAUCAGACUAAUGACUCAAAAAGCUGAAGAAGAACGUAUUGAACAUGAACGAAGAGUAAACUUUUUCACAACAAGUCGAGCAGCACGCAUCAUUCAACGUGCGUGGAGAAAAUACAGACGUAGGAAACGUCGGCGUAAAGGGAAGAAAAGAAAAUAAAAAUUGUGAAACAGCACAAAAUAAUAAGCAUUUUUUAUUGUUUUGGAAAGAAAGAUGUAUUACAGGAGAUAAAUAACUUAAUACUUAUGGUGCUGAUUUUUGUUUCUUUUGCUUCCAUUUCUCUUUCUUUCUUCGUGUAUCUCCUCCUCCUGUUUCAUUAUGCAACUUGUUGAUUCUCCAACAAUUCAUAACAAAAUAAUACUAGUUGUGCAAUAUCUGUCUUUAUGCAACACUUAACAUUUUAUCAAAUAUAUUUUCUGUUUUGUGAAUAGAUUGUCAGGAGCCUGAAAAUUGUUUUUACAUUAUUUAGUUUUUAGUUUAUAUACAAUAUAUAAACUGAUAAAAGACGAAUAUUUAAAAAUCCAGCAAAUAAAGUAAGUAAAAUGGAAUACAGAUAUCUUAACAAUG